AUGGCGGCUCCACAGUCUUUCUACGAGCUCUACCGCCGUAGCAGUAUCGGCAUGUCGCUCACAGAUACCCUUGACGAUUUGAUCAGCGAGAGACGUAUCGAGCCUCAACUCGCAAUGAAAAUAUUGGCAAACUUUGAUAGAAGUAUCACGGAGGUUUUGGCAGACAAAGUCAAGGCGAGAUUGACUUUCAAGGGACAUCUGGAUACGUAUCGUUUCUGCGACGAGGUUUGGACUUUCUUGAUAAAGGAUGUCACUUUCAAGAUGGAGAACUCCAGUCAGUCAGUCACGGCGGACAAAGUCAAGAUCGUGAGCUGCAACAGCAAGAAGCCCGGUGAUCCUCAGUAG